AUGACCGCCAUUCAUAUCCCCAUUGUGAACUGUUCCCACUUCAUUCUCUACAGUUUCCUCUUCAGUCCCAACCCAGUUCAGGAAGUGUUGAGGGGGAGGAGAGAGGAAGAUGAAGAUAAACAUCACAUAGGAGGGUCGGAGGAGGGGGGAAAAACUGGGAGGGCGCAGAGUCCAGCUUUCUCCACCGAGCAGCAAACCGGCCAAAAAAGUGAGGCUCAAUCGAGGGAAGCAAUGCUUCACCAUCAGGACCAACAUCUUAACGCGGCCUACGGAGGCCCCAACAAUGGCUCCUCAUCCUCGCUUCGAAACAGGAAGUGCGACAAAGACGGCAACUUCAACUUCCUGCCUGGCAAAGAUGAUGAAAGCUUCGGAGGAGGAGGAGGAGGAGGAGGAGGAGACGAGAACCAAAAUCAGGUGCGUCCUCGUAACUUGGGCCCGUUAGGUCGCGACACUCCCAACUCUUCUUCCUCCUCGUCCCCCGGGUAUCAUCAAAACGCGGGGGUCACGUCGCCCCGCUCCCGCAUGCCCUGCUGGAGAACCCUGGAGCCCCUGCCGGAAAUCGAGAGCGGGGAUGACGGGUUCGGCCGAGUGCCCCCGGACGGAGCGGAGGAAAGGAGGAUGGAGGAAGAGGAGGUGAGGAUGAUGAUGAUGAUGAGCCAGAAUGAGGAGAAGCAGAGAGAGAAGCUGCAGAGUAGGAAAGGCAGCUUGGGUUUCAAAGGAAGAGAGAAAGAAGAGGAAGAGGCGGAGGAUAGCGACGAAUGGGGAGACAGCGACGACUCCGACUCUGAGUUCAGCUUCCGAUCCGACAGGCUGCCCUCCCUCAACCUGGAGGGAGGAGGCGAAGGGAUGCUCAUGGGAGGCUGGGACCGCAUCGGUGUCGGGGAACCCAAAUCUAACAACCAGGAGAGUGACCUGACCAGAAACAGCAACAGAAAUCCAGCUGAAAGACACCAUAGCUUCAGCCGCAAGUCGCUGACGGGAAGCAACCUGGGAAAUGUCAUGGAGGAAGGAGCAGAGGACCAACAUGAAGAUCAGUCAUCAGACUCCGACGGCGAGAUGCCAGAGCUAAUGGACACCGUCUGGACACUGCGGGACCGUGAGCGCUUCAAGGCCCAGGAGAUGGAGAAGCACCAGGUGCAGCUGACCAUGUACCGCCGGCUGGCUCUGAUCCGCUGGGUCCGCACCCUGCAGAGCCGCAUCCUGGAGCAGCAGAACCGCCUGCAGUCCAGCUUCGACGUCAUCCUCACACACAGGAAGGAACUGCUGCGUAUGGGCGCCGCCGUGGCCAACACCGCGGCCACCGCCACUGUCGUACAGUCGUAGAGAGAGAGAGGGGAGACACUGAAACAGGAAGCAGUUUACAGAGAGGGAACUCAAACUGCAUUUUUACCCUGUUUGCUUCUAUCCUGAAGACAUUUCCCCUUAAAAUAAGACAAUCUCCCAUCACCCUGUCUGCUGCUUUUGAGUUUUCACACUCAUGUCACUGACUGUAAUGACACAAAAACUUUGUGUUUUUAUUGAUUUCCGGUAUGGUGUCCCACCCAGAGCAUCAAUACAUGUAUUCAACCCAUCUUAAACCUCCAUUAAACCUCUCUAACUACACCAAACCAAAAUAUAAGACUUACGAUUGGUCAAAGCAAUGAGAUGAUGAUGAACACGUUAUCAUGAGAUUAAUAUGUUGUUUAUAUCAAAAAAAUAUUCUAUAUGUGUAUGAUGUCUUUGUUUGUCUUGACCUGUGUGUAGAAAACAUCUGCAAUACCAAAAAAAAAGUAUUGAAAAAUAUAAACAGAAUUUAACAGUGUUAUAGAUGAUUUAUACCUCGAAAUGAUUAAGCUGUAUAUGGAGAGAUAUGAUAAAUUAAAACAAUGAAUAAAAUUA